CAGCAUCGAAGAAGUCAUGGUUGAAACUCGCUGUCAUUAAACCAAAACAAGAAGACCGGAAGAAGGAAAAAAAGGAUCGAGAACGUUUCAAAAUGACUUCGGAAUCAGACAACAUUAUCAUUGAAGAGGCCCCUGCCAGUUUUAAAUCGUUUGUAUGGCAGUAUUUUGGCUUUCCAUUGGAUAUAAUAGACGGCAACCGAGUGACGGACAAAACACGGACGAUAUGUAAGCUCUGCCAGAAAAGAAUGCCUUACACCGCAGCUAACACCAGCACUAUGCAAAGACACAUCCAAAACCACCACAGCUGGAUACUAAAAUCACCUGUGAAGAAACCGGUUAAAUGCCAAGCAACUCUAGCGGGUUCCAGAGCCGAAACAAUAACCAGAGACAUCGGUGUUUUUAUUGCAGCUGAUAUGAGGCCAUUUUCUGUGGUGGAAAAUAAAGGAUUCCGGCGACUACUCCACACCCUGGAACCCAAGUACACAAUUCCACCACGCACGUAUUUUACAUCCACUGUGGUGCCGAACCUCUAUAAAGAAACAAAGGCUAGCGUUGUGCAGACACUGAAAGAGGCAGAAAGCAUCGCAUUAACAACAGAUAAUUGGAUAUUAAGAGGUACUCAGAGUUAUAUAACAAUAACAGCGCACAUAAUUAACAAUGCAUGGGAAAUGAAAAGUGUUGCACUGCAAACCAAACCGCUAUUCGAGUCCCAUUUAUGUGAUUUUUUGCAAGAAGCAGUCACUGACUGGGACCUUCAGAGAACAAACCGCACCAUUGCUGUUGUUACUGAUAACACAGAAGUAACCGUGCGCGAGGCGGGGUUGGAACCGCACAUUAAGUGUUUUGCGCACACUAUAAACCUUGCAACGCAAGCCGGCCUCGGCGUCCCACGUGUCACUCGCUUGCUCGGACGGGUGAGACGCGUGGCUGCCUUUUUUCACGGGAAUUCCACAGCCACCGCAGUGUUUACAUCCAAACAGAUGCAACUGCAACUUCCGUCACAUGAGCUAAUCACCGACGUGACGACGCGGUGGCUUAGCACUCUGGAGAUGUUGUCUCGUUAUCUGGAACAACAAGCCGCCAUAGCGGCAGCUCUCGCCAGCCCUGAGAUAAGACAAAACAUCAGAUAUCUUGAUACGCUCGACAGCUGCGAUAUCAGAGAUGCCGAAGAUCUGGUGAAGCUGCUGUAUCCAUUGAAGACGGCCACGACGGUUUUAUGCGAGGAGAAACGUCCGACCGUGUCGCUCAUCGCGCCGCUGAAGAGCAUGAUCGAACAGAGCAUGACGCCGAAUGACGGCGAUUCCACCACCGUGGCCGACACCAAGACUGCUAUUCUGAGGAAUAUUGCAGACGGAUACAGCGGGGAUUCGUACGACUAUCUGCUGGAGUGCACGGCCUUGGAUCCAAGAUUCCGGACUCUACCUCAGCUAGAUAGUGACCAGUGUGAGGCGGUCUUCCUGAGGGUGCAGAACAAGGCCAAACAGUUGCAGCAAUAUCAGACCAUGUCCUGGGAGAGAGAAGAAGAUGCAGCUGGUGGAGCUCCAUGUACCGCUGUGAAAACCGAGCCCGAAGUGACAGAACCCGCUCCCAAAAAGACAGCGCUCGAGGACCUGCUAGGAAACUCUUUCUACGCCGAUCCGGAGCAGUACAACAGAUUAGAACGAGCCGAGAGAGAAAUGCAGAACUACAGGAAAGAGCCCUCCAUCCCUCUCAGCAGCUGCCCUCUGAAGUGGUGGCGUGAAAACUGCGGACAGUACCCUUUGCUGUCUUACCUCGCCAAAGCAUGCCUUUCUGUCCCCGCUACCUGUGUUCCAAGUGAACGCAUCUUCUCAACUGCAGGAGAUAUAGUUAGUGCCCAAAGGUCUCAACUCCUGCCAGAAAAUGUCAAUAUGUUCAUAUUUUUGAAGAAGAACAUGGCCUUAGCUUAGCUUAGGCUAGGCUGUGGAGUUGUAACGUGUUGUUGCAUGCUUGAAAUAAAAAAAAAAAAACCUUAGCUUCUAUUUGCACUCUAUGACGGAGUAUAAGGCCACAAAAAAGAUUUCAAGAGUAAAGUUGUAAAUUUACCUGAAUAAAGUCGUCCAUUUACAAGAACAAAAGUCGUACAUUUACGAAAAAAAAUGGUAGCAAAUUUGAGAAAAGACAAAAAAAAUUUCGAGAAUAAAGUUGUAUAUUUACAAGGAAAAAAGUCGUAAAUUUACAUUAAUAAAUUUGGAUAUUUACUAGAUAAGUUGUACAUUCACGGGAAAUAAAGUCGGAAAUUGCCUUUGCACAAGGCUAAAGGUCACAUAAGCCACCGUUUUUCAUAGCUUUCUCAGGCAAUAGGGACACAUUGGAAAAAAAGCCUUCAGAUUUCGAGAACAAAGUUGUAAAUUUAUGAGAAUAUAGUCGUACAUUUAAGCAAAAAAAAAAAGUCAUAAAUUUACGAGAGUAAAGUAUUAUAUUUAUGAGCGGGGAAAAAAGGCAAAAAUGUAUAAUGUAUAAUAAUGUAUAAAGUCAACAUUUAUGAGAAAAAACUAAAAUUAAUUAAUUCAGAAUAAAAGUAAAUUAAUUAAGAAUAAAGUUGUACAUUUACUCAAUAAAAGUUGUAAAUUCACAGGAAAAAAAAUUGUACAUUGCCUUUGCCUAAGUACAAAGGUCACAUAAACCACCGAUCUAUGUAGCUGUUCAAGGCAAUAUGUUAUUGCGCAAUUAUUAAGCAAUCGGGCCACAUUAAAAAAAAAAUUAAAAAUUCAUAUUUCGAGAAAUCAUGUCUUUGCCCAAGGCCAAAGGUCACAUAAGCCACCGCUUUUCAUAGCUGUCUCUGGCAAUGAUUAUUAAAAUAAAUCGGAGAUUUCGAGAAGUCGUAAGGUCUAGGCAUGCUAAUCGCGUUAUUUUCGUUAAUUUAUUCUCAUAAUAAUUUCGCAUAGAUGUAUGACUUUAUUCUCACAAAUUUACAACUUAAUUUCUAGUAAAUUUUACGACUUACGAAUUUUCUCAUGGCCCAAAUAAUCCGUUGUCGCACUCUGUGUAACACUGUUUUUAAGUUUGAUCAUUAUGUUGUUUCAGUUUCUAUUUGUGUAAAGAAGUUGAAUAGUUAAUGCAUUCAAAGUUAUAAAUUAAAACGGUUCCAAAUGUUGAAAAUAA